AUGACUGAUAAAGAUGAUAAUACUGGUCCUUCUCAGACCUUGAUUAGUAGGUUGGAUAUAGGUGAUCCUUUGUUUUUACAUCCUAGUGACUCAAGUUCUUUAACUAUUGUUGGUAUAAAGUUAAAAGGAACUGAAAACUAUAGGGUUUGGUCUAGUGCUAUGAAAUUAGCUUUAGAAGCUAAAAAUAAAUUUGGUUUCAUAGAUGAAGAGUUGUACUUAGGGCAAGUUUUUUCAAAGUUAGCUUCUGAAGUCUGGACAGAUUUGAAAGAAACUUAUGAUAAAGUUGAGGGCUCUAUAGUGUAUGAUCUAUAUAAAAAAUCAACUUUUGAUGCUGUGCUUCAACUGCCUACAUGUUCAUGUCAAGCAGCUAAAGACUAUAAUGACUUUUCUACUUUAAUCAAAGUUAUGCAAUUUCUUAUGGGUUUAGAUGAUGUCUAUCAACCUGUAAGAACUAAUUUGUUAACUAGAGAGCCAUUACCUUCAGUUAAGGUUGCUUUUUCAAUUGUGUCCAGAGAAGAAUCACAUAGAAAUACAAGUGUAGGAUCAAAAGGUCAAAAUGUUUCUUUUGUUUCUAAAACAAAUCAGUCUUUUGAGCAAAAAAGAAAAGAGUUUAGAGGUCCUAAUCCUAACCUUAAAUGUACUCAUUGUAAUAAAAUUGGUCAUACUGUUGAUAGAUGUUUUGAGUUAGUUGGGUACCCUUCAGGAUUCAAAAGGAAACCUGGAGGUCAAGGUGGAAAAAAAAUUUCAAAUACUAGAUCAAAUGUGUCUUCUGUUCCUUCUAUGUCUCCUUUUUCUCCAGAGCAGGUUGCUAAACUUUUGAGCCUUGUGAGUGAAAAAACAAGUACUGAACCUCAGCCUUCUAAUAUGUGA